AUGCUCAAUAGAAUACCGUCUGCACAAUCGCCCACCGCUGCAGCCAAGCCUGCGCCCAUACCAAGCCAAGGUGCCAGCCUGGAGCAGUCUGUUCGCAAGUUCAGGGUCGUGGAAGCCCUGAGAAGUGGCGAUACAGCCUCCAUAUCCAAGGCGAUUCGCGAGACAGCUGAUAAUGCCCCCCGACCCAGUACUUCCUCGGUGGCAACCGUCAGCACCGGUCCCCUCGAAGACACCACUAUUCUGCAUCUCGCCAUUCAGUGCGCCGAGUUUCCCGUCAUCGAAUAUGUCCUAUCGGACAGCGCCGGUAGCGUUGAUGUGAAUGCCAGGGACAAAGACGGCAACACACCGCUGCAUAUCGCUGCCAUCCAGGGCCGGACGCCUGUUGUGAAGCUCUUGUUGGAGCAGAAGGACAUCAAUGACGCAGUCGCCAACCACCACGGAAAGCUGCCGCUCGACUUGGCCAGAAAUCCCGAAAUCUUUCAAAUCCUCCAACUAUCGCGUUCUCUAUUCACCGAGGCCAAGGUGAAGCAGGUACAGGAGCUCAUUGCCCAUGGCGACUACGAUACUCUGGCGCAGGUGCUCGAGGAGCCUCGCCUGAAGACCGUGGUGGACAUCAACAGUCCUGAGUUUGCCUCGGAACCAGUUACUGUGCAAACAGGUGGGACCUUGCUUCAUGAAGCAGCACGAAAGAAAGACACCCAACUGAUCCAGGUUCUCCUGCUUCAUGGUGGUGACCCUUUCCGCCGUGAUCGCAAGGGAAAACUGCCGCAGUCCGUCACUCAUGACGACAAUGUCAAGGCUAUACUGAAAAAGUCCCCUGCAGCCGUUGCAGCUCAGAGAGGUAUCCAAGAGAAGGCCGUUCUUGGCCAAGCAGCAUCACAAGGCGCUGGUGGCGCUGCCGCAACUGACUUGAUGGCUGGGCGCGAGGCCCGGGAAAUGAAGGGCUAUUUGAAAAAAUGGACCAAUUACCGCAAGGGCUACCAGUUGAGAUGGUUUGUGCUUGAGGAUGGGGUCCUCAGCUACUACAAGCACCAAGACGAUGCUGGUUCCGCAUGCCGAGGUGCAAUCAAUAUGAAGAUUGCCAAGUUGAACAUGAGCGCUGACGAGAAGACCAAGUUUGAGAUUAUUGGCAAAUCAUCCGUCAAAUAUACCCUCAAGGCGAACCACGAGGUCGAAGCCAAGCGCUGGUUCUGGGCACUCAACAACUCUGUCCAGUGGACCAAGGACCAGGCAAAGGAGGAAGAAAGGCAGGCAGCCCGCAGCGCAGAGCUCCUCAAAAUCGCCAAGGCUGAGCAGAGCUCACUUUCACUCCAUGAGGUACCUAGUGAGAAUGCUAGCCUGUCAGAUCUACAACGCAGCACUUCACAGCUGCCAAGCCGGACCGCGUCGCACAAUAGGAUGACGCCUCCAAAGGCUGACUUGACACGAGCAAGCACGAUCGGCAGUAUAGACGACGAUGAAUUUGCAGAUGCGGCCACCGAUGGUGACGUCUCUCGUAUACAGGGCAACGGAGGUCCAGUCAUCCCAGGCGAAAUUGACGACGACGACGAUUUUGGCGAUGACAGGAGCGUGCGCGAUGCGCCACAAGCGAGCAAGGAUGCACUCAACAUCACAGCCCAGUCCGCAAAGAUCCAGCUGGAAACCAUGUCCGGAGUUCACACGGCACUUAUGGCACAGCUCACUCAAAGCCCCGCCACACCGUUGUCUGACACGAAUGUAACUCAGGCGCUGUAUACCUAUGAUGCGGCGAUUCGCAGCUUGACGGGGCUGGUUGGCGAUUUGCUUCGAAUUUCCAAGGACCGAGACGCCUACUGGCAGUACCGUUUGGAUCGUGAGGCAAUUCUGCGCCGUAUGUGGGAAGACAGCAUGCAGCAGGUUGCUCGCGAACACGAAGAACUUGAGGCACGGAUGGGCGAGGCGGAGGAGAAGCGUCGCUUGACCAAGAAGGCCCUUCGUGAGGUCAUUGAAGCCGGCGGUGUUUCCGGUGUCGGCACACCCACAACCGAAGCUCUGCAAGAAGAAGUGGAAGCAGCCGCGAAAUCUCCUCCUAGAAGUAUUGGACGCAGACCGACAGCUUUAGACCAACUGGGUGAGCUGUCAGAAAGCGAAUCUGGCGACGAAGAGGAAUUCUUUGAUGCAGUAGACGCCGGCGAAGUCGAAGUCGCUGAAAUGCCACAUGGGGAGACUGUCCAGCCUCAGAAGGAUGUGAUUGUGUCCGGCGUUGAUAUUAGCCCUUCAUUCAAGGGUUACGAGAACGGCAUCCGACGCAGACUGAAGAUGGAUGCCGAUGAUCGUCCCAAGAUUUCACUUUGGGUGAGUAAGCGUGAUUCUGUGCCACUGACGAUUGUCAAAAGUCUAACAAAUAGUUUACAGGGCAUCCUAAAAUCCAUGAUUGGAAAGGACAUGACAAAGAUGACGUUGCCUGUAUCAUUCAACGAACCCACAUCUCUGCUUUAUCGCUGUUGUGAAGACAUGGAGUAUGCUGACCUGCUGGACUUGGCUGCGGAGCGCGCCGAUUCAAUUGAACGCCUAAUAUACGUUGCUGCUUUUGCUGCCAGCGAGUAUGCAUCAACAAUCGGGCGUGUUGCCAAGCCAUUCAACCCGUUGCUCGGAGAGACAUUCGAAUACGUGAGACCGGACAAGAACUACCGCUUCUUUAUCGAGCAAGUUAGCCACCAUCCUCCUGUUGGUGCCGCAUGGGCCGAAUCGCCAAAUUGGGAAUACUGGGGCGAAUCUGCCGUAAAAUCCAAGUUUUAUGGCAAAUCGUUUGAUAUCAACCCUCUUGGCACAUGGUUCCUGAAGCUGAGACCUACUGCCGGUGGAAAGGAGGAGCUCUACACAUGGAAGAAGGUCACCUCGUCGGUCAUUGGCAUUAUCACUGGCAACCCGACGGUAGACAAUUAUGGCCUGAUGGAAAUCAAGAAUUGGACGACUGGGGAGGUGGCCAUCCUUGACUUCAAGGCUCGUGGAUGGAAGGCGUCGAGCGCGUAUCUGAUUUCUGGCAAAGUUCUGGAUGCAGAUGGCAAUGUCCGAGUUAGUCUGGGCGGACGUUGGAACUCGAAGCUAUACGCUCGUUUAACGCCUGGGUAUGAGGCGUCUAUCGACGAACCGAAGGAUUCCGGCCCUCUGCACAAGGGUGCCAUGAACGAUCCAACACGAGCCUACUUGAUCUGGGAGGCCAACCCGAGGCCCGCUGGCAUUCCAUUCAACUUGACGCCGUUCGUACUGACAUUUAACCAUAUCGACGACAAGCUCAGGCCAUGGAUAGCACCAACUGACUCUCGUCUCCGGCCCGAUCAGCGUGCCAUGGAGGACGGCGAGUACGACCUUGCCGCUACAGAGAAGAAUCGACUGGAAGAGGCGCAGCGAGCCCGCCGCAGAAUACGUGAGUCCAAGGGCGAGGAGUUUGUACCGGCGUGGUUCAGCAAGGAAACGUGCGAGAUCACUGGGGAGUCAUAUUGGAAGUUCAACGGCAAAUACUGGCAGCAACGCGAAAAGGCUGGACCAAACGGAGACCCAAAUGCGUGGGCAGGGCUAGAGCCAAUCUUUGAGGAUGUAAAUCAAUAG